UAUCAUCAGAUACAUUCAGUAACUCUUUACAAGUAAAUAUUUAUUCUGAUCUUAUUAGGUUCAUAUAGCUAAUAUUGUAUAUAAAUUAAAUACAGCACACACUUCAGAAUGGCAGAAUCAUUGACAGAGGAACAAAUAGCAGAAUUUAAAGAAGCGUUUAGUUUGUUUGACAAAGAUGGAGAUGGUACAAUUUCCUGUAGGGAGCUAGGAACAGUAAUGAGAUCACUCGGUCAGAAUCCGACAGAGGCAGAAUUACAGGAUAUGAUCAAUGAUGUGGAUACAGACGGCAAUGGGUCAAUAGAAUUUCCAGAAUUUUUAACAAUGAUGGCAAAAAAAAUCAAAGAUGGCGGUGAAUCUGAAGAAGAACUCAGAGAGGCUUUUAGAGUUUUUGAUAAAGACGGUAAUGGAUUUAUAAGUGCAGCUGAAUUACGUCACGUGAUGACAAAUCUCGGAGAAAAGCUAACUGACGAGGAAGUUGACGAGAUGAUACGAGAAGCCGAUAUUGAUGGAGAUGGUCAGGUAAAUUAUGAAGAAUUUGUCACAAUGAUGAUUUCAAAGUAGAAGCAGAUUGAUAUAUAAACUCAAAAAACUGAAGAGUAAAAUUGAGAUCUAUCGAUAAAAAGAUGGAACAUGUUCACAAACAAAUACUACAUGUUUGAGCUACUUUCCGUUUUGUAUGAAUUGCAAAAACCGAAAAAACGAGAUUAAAGUAUCGACUUCAGAAA